CGUCAUCGAAGAAAAUAUGGCGGCGCACAUAACCAGAGCUGUGAAACGACUUCUUCCACAGGAGAGCGGUUGGCUCCUGCCCGCGGCCUGGCAGUUGUAUACCAAAGCAUGGCGUUAUCACCAUCACUCGGCAGGCCCCUCGCUGCGCUACAUACCCCGCAGGGCGGUUCUCUACUGCCCUGGCAAUGAUGUGCGAAAAUUGAGGAAACUAGCCACGCUGGAUGUCGACUGUGCGGUCUUGGACUGUGAGGAUGGUGUGGCCCUCAGUAAAAAGACAGAGGCCAGGGAGACCAUUCCCAGGAUGUUAGCGGAACUGGACCUGGGCCGGACGGAGAAGUGUGUGAGGGUGAACUCAGUGUCCAGUGGCUUAGCUGAGGCUGACCUGCAGGUCAUUCUGCAGGCUGAGGUUCUCCCUCCUGCCAUCAUGUUGCCCAAAGUGGAGGACAUGCAGGAAGUACAGUGGUUUGUUGACAGGUUUCAGCACAACUUGAAAGGGCGGGCACUGACAGAACCCAUUCGUCUGGUCACCUUUGUGGAAACCGCUGUGGGCCUGCUUAAUUUUAAGGUGGUUUGUGAGGAAAUCCGUCGACUUGCUCCCAGCGCCGGUCUACACCAUGACGGCGUAGUGUUUGGCUCUGAUGACUUCUGUGCCAGCAUAGGUGCCACACGGACUAAAGAUGCCAGGGAGCUCCUUUAUGCAAGGCAGAAGGUGGUUGUGACCACCAAAGCGUUUGGUCUUCAGGCUAUCGACCUGGUCUACAUUGACUACAAAGAUGUGGAGGGGAUGAGGCGACAGGCCAGAGAGGGAGCUCUCAUGGGCUUUACAGGUAAGCAGGUUAUCCACCCAGGGCAGAUCCAAGCUGUGCAGGAAGAGUUCUCCCCCAGUCAAGAGAGGGUCCAGUGGGCCAAAGAGCUCAUUGCUGCUUUUGACCAACACCAAAAGGAGGGAAAGGGUGCGUUCAUCUUCCGCGGCAGCAUGAUUGACAUGCCCUCGGUGAAGCAGGCACAGAACAUCAUAACGCUCUCAGUCGUGGUGCCAGAGAAAUAACCCGACCGGUGGGAAGAAACGGGAGGAACCGCACAACUAAACCCUGACAAGAGAAGGAAACUGGAACUGUUGCAGGUUUCAUGACAAAAAUAGCACUUCAAAACCUUAUGAACUAUGUUGCCUGAUAUAAGUGGAUGGUGGAAAUUGUAUUUUUAAUUUAAGUUUUUAAUAAUUGUUGAAAGAUGUUGAUUAAAGGACUUUGUUUGUGGUA